AUCAAGUCAUGCACUUCCAGUUCACUCCGUUCAAUUAAUUUACGUACAUACGUGUGUAGUUCCACUUGUCCUAGUUCCAAGCGAUUCGGGAUUAUGGCAAAGCCUACGAUUUUCCUUUUCCUACUUUUGGGAUUAUCUACGACAAUUUGGCCAGGUGCAAAUGGACAAUUUUCCAGGGUGUUCAGUGCAACGAAGCCAGGCAGUUGCCCGCCAGCCAGGGAUUCGUCCGUGUGCAUCGUCCAGUGUAACUCAGACAUGCAAUGUGCAGGACGCUACAAGUGUUGUCCAACAAGUUGUGGAGCAGCCUGCACAAUUCCGGUCACUCAGGUACGAGGAAGAGUCGAGAAGGAAGGGCAGUGUCCGAAAUCCCCAGAAGGUCCUUGGGUUUGUACCAGCCGUUGUAGCCAAGACGGUGAUUGCCGACGUAACUUAAAAUGCUGCCGAAAUCGAUGCGGCGCUCUCGCAUGCCAGCGUCCUGAAUUCGAUUAGGUCCGUCGAAACGCUAAUGAGAUUCUGAAUGAUGUCCAAUUGUCAGGUGUUUUCGACAUAUGGGGAUUACAAUUGACAUGUCGAACAUACACUUAAUCACCAUCCUAAUCCUUGUUUGCCAUACAGUAGUUAUUAUUGAACCAUAGAAUAGACAAUAAUUUCAGAAGA